GAGGCAGCACGGUCAGUCAGUCUCUUUAGUCAAACCGCUAUCAGCCUGAGGAGAAACAGGACUCUUUUACGCCGACCGACCGACUGAAAACAACUCUUACGGCCGUCCCUGACAAAACUCCGGCUCUGCACGACAUCUUUAAUCCUGCAGGUGUGUCCAGACGAGUGGUGUGCUUCUACGGCUGUGUGUGGAGAUACCAGGUGCUAAGCAGAAAUUUCCAGCAGAGCAGGUGGUGGAAAGACUCAGUGGUGAAUGUCGUCAGGAUGUCCAACCAGUUGACCUUUUCCUUGUGAAUGGAUUAGAGGCAAGUUGUGACCAUGCGCUGCCUGGCUGCUCGGGUCAACUACAAGACCCUCAUCAUCAUCUGCGCCCUCUUCACACUCAUCACUGUGCUGUUAUGGAACCGCUGCUCCAGUGACACCACCUUACGCUUCCUGCCCCGCGCUGCUUUGGUGGCUCCCAGUCCAAAGGUGGGGGAUGCUAGCAUCAGCAGCCAGCAGCACCCUCCUCAACCUCCUGAGCCCCCGCCUGUCGUCGGGGGUCUGGGCGGGAUUAAGUUUGAAGAAAUCGACUGCCUGAUCAAUGAUGAAUCCACCAUCAAAGGCCGGCGAGAAGGCGGAGAAGUGUACCUGCCCUUCAGCUGGAUGGAGAAAUACUUUGAGGUGUACGGCAAAGUGGUGCAGUACGACGGCUACGAUCGGUUUGAGUUCCAGCACAGCUACUCGAAGGUUUACACGCAGCGGGAGCCCUACCACCCUGACGGGGUCUUCAUGUCGUUUGAGGGGUACAAUGUAGAGGUCCGUGACCGUGUCAAGUGUAUAAGCGGAGUGGAAGGUGUACCUCUGUCCACUCAGUGGGGUCCUCAGGGCUACUUCUACGCAAUCCAGAUCGCUCAGUACGGCUUGAGCCAUUACAGCAAAAACCUUACAGAGCGCCCUCCCCACGUUGAGGUCUAUGACACCGCCGAGGAGAGGGAUAGUCGGGCCAGCUCAGCGCCCUGGAGUGUGCCAAAAGGCUGCGGUCUGAGCCGCCUCUAUGACAAGAGCAGAGCCACCUCUGUGCGUCAGUUCAGUGCUCCAGAGUCCUCAGAAGGUGUCUCCCUCCAGCUGGGUAACUCCAAAGACUUCAUCCUCAGCUUGGACAUCAAGUUCACCUCUAACGGCAGCGUGUCUGUGAUCCUGGAGACCACAGAGAAGGGCCCGCCCUUCACUAUCCACUACGUCACCAACACGCAGCUCAUCGCUUUCAAAGACCGUGACAUCACUUACGGAAUCGGGCCACGGACCGCCUGGAGCACCCUGACCCGUGACCUGCUCACCGACCUCAGGAAGGGCGUCGGGCUGUCCAACACAAAGGCAGUGAAGGCCACAAAGAUCAUGCCCAGACGGGUGGUGCGUGUAGUCCUUCACGGGCGUGGCUUUGUCGAUAACGUCACUAUCUCUACCACGGCACACAUGGCCGCCUUCUUUGCAGCCAGCGACUGGCUACUACGUAACCAGGACGAGCGGGGCGGCUGGCCCAUCAUGGUCACACGGAAACUGGGUGAAGGCUUCCGACCUCUGGAGCCCGGCUGGUACUCGGCUAUGGCUCAGGGUCAGGCCAUGUCCACUCUAGUGAGAGCGUACCUGCUCACCAAGGACCAGGCUUACCUCAACGCUGCCCUCAAGGCAGUGGGACCCUACAAGGUGCCUUCAGCGCAGCACGGGGUCAAAGCUGUGUUCAUGAACAAAUAUGACUGGUAUGAAGAAUACCCCACCACGCCCAGCUCCUUUGUCCUCAACGGCUUCAUCUACUCCCUGCUGGGACUCUUUGAUUUGACUGAGACGGCCGGGGAGAAGCUGGGCAGGGAGGCGGGGCAGCUGUUCAGCCGCGGCAUGGAGUCCCUAAAGGCUAUGCUGCCGCUCUUUGACACGGGGUCGGGGAGCAUCUAUGACCUGCGUCACUUCAUGUUAGGCACUGCGCCCAACCUGGCACGCUGGGACUAUCACACCACGCACAUUAACCAGCUGCAGCUCAUUGCAUCUAUAGACAGCUCUCCCAUCUUUAAGGAUGUGGUCAAACGAUGGAAAAACUAUUUAAAAGGGAUCCGUGCCAAGCACAACUAGACGCACUGAAACCAUCGUAUGGUAAACAGCAGAGAUGACGGCUGAGAGGUUGAAUAUAUCCAUGUGUGAGAACUUAAUGAAUGUGAGGCGGUGCUCACAUUGUGUGUCUGUGUGCGGUGGAGGCUCAUAAACUAAAAGACGAGUUUAUUCAGCUGCAGCUCAAACACUAAACAUUUCUCGUCUGCUCGGUUGCAGGUUUUAUCUCCUCUGCAACAUCAACUGUAGCUCUCCUCUCUGGUUUUUCUUUCCUUGAGCUAGUGUUUGUAAUUAUGCACAGACCUAGUUUCUGAGUGUGUGUCAGUGUGUGUGUUCAGGAAGAGCACAUCGUGGGAGCGUGUUGUUUAGAGUAACAAUAUAAAAUGUCAGAGGAAGAUGAAACUCCUUGGGUUGUAAAAUCGGAGUCACAUUUCCAACAUUCAUCGACGCAUCCGCCACAAGCUUCUUCUCCAGGUUUAUUUUUUUACGAUUUCAGCCAGAUUUGCAAAGUUUAUUAAAAUAAAACACAAAAUA